CUUGGGCGUUUCCGGUAUGUUUGUUUAUCUAUCGGUAGCUACGCUAAUGUCACUUCAGAAUGAGUAUAAAAAGGAAAGUAUUUAAAACAGAACAUUUUCAAAAACAGGAGAAGAAAUACUCCGAGCAUUGCUGUGUCCCACUUUGUUCGGCUUCAGCCAAAUUUAACGGCAUACUAAGUUUUCAUAGCUUUCCGACCCAUUCCGACUUGAGAAGACAAUGGCUGGUAAACAUACGCCGGGAUCAUUUCAUGAUUACCUCUCACACCAGGGUCUGCAGCAGACACUUUGCCAGUGAUCAACUCAUAGAGCCAACAACCCUUGAUGGUCGAAGGCGGCUUAUUAAAGGUGCUGUACCAACACUUUUUGAGUGGAAUGGCUAUAAAGUUGAACCACCGCGGAGUAGUGUUUGGGAGAGAACGGAGCGACGCCCUGAACUAUUUCCUCCUGACGAUCAAGAAGAGCACAGUCUUACAAGAGAUCAUGACUACUGCUCAGUCCCUGAGCCGUCUGCAUUGGACAUAUCUGCAUCAGCUGCAGAAGACCUGUCCAAAAACAUGGAGACUCUGAGGAAGGAAAUGCAGGAGUUACGUGUCCAGCGAGAAUUUGGGUUACAGCGUUUUGCUGGCUCUGACACUGACAUCCGAUUCUACACCAGAUUUCCAAGCUAUGAUCAUUUGAUGGCAUUUUGGUUUUUGAUUGAGCCUUGCAUCUACAAAAUGAUCCGGGUUUCAAGAGCCAAGUCAGCUGCCAAUAGGAACGAAGAAAUGUUGACACCUGCACGCACAUCAAUGUUAGUUUGAAGGAGAGGGACCUGGCACACCGAUUUAACAUACAUCAGUCCACAGUGAGCCGCAUUAUUGCAACAUGGACAAGUUUUCUUGCCACUGCACUGGGGUCUCAAUGCAUCUGGCUUACACGUGAAGAAGUGCAAGCUUACCUCCCUGAGGAAUUCAAAGAUUUCUCAGACACCCAGAUGAUCCUUGACUGUACAGAGCUGAGGUGUCAGACACCAUCCUCACCACUUCUCCAAAGUGAAAUGUACUCUUCGUACAAAUCCCACUGUACGAUGAAAACCCUGGUUGGCAUAGCUCCACAUGGUCCAGUGACAUUCAUCUCUAAUCUGUAUGCUGGUUCGGUUAGUGACAAGGAACUAUUCAAACAAUCAGGCAUUGCUGAGAAGUUGACUGAAGACAUGGCAGUGAUGGUAGAUAAGGGCUUCCUAAUCACUGAUUGUUGUAAAUGCAAAGUGUACUGCCCACCUUUUCUAUCUAAGCAGAAGCAGAUGCCAGCAUACCAGGUUAAGGAGACGCAGGCCAUAGCCAGACUCAGGGUACAUGUG